AUGGAGUUUCUUAAGGAUUAUGAUAUCACCAUUCUUUAUCAUCUGAGCAAGGCAAAUGUGAUAGCUGAUGCGUUGAGCCAAAAGGCAGUAAGUAUGGGUAGCUUAGCUCGUUUGGUUGUUGAGGAGCGUCCUUUAUCCAUGGAGGUUCAGACUCUUGCUAAUAGCUUUGUGAGAUUGGAUAUUUCUAAAUCUGGCAAGAUGACUUAUAAUAAAGAGAAGUUGGCGUGGAUUUACAUUAGAGAGAUCGUCCGAUUGCAUGGGGUGCCAUUUCCAUCAUCUCAUAUAGAGGCACUCAAUUUACUUCCCACUUCUAGAGGACUUUGUAGCAGCAGUUGGUGGGAUUCAGUGUUGUUCGAUCAGAAUUUAUCCUUUGAGGAGGAGCUAAUAGCGAUUUUGGAUUGGCAAGUGAGAAAGUUGAGGUCUAAGGAGAUUUCUUCAGUCAAGGUGCAGUGGAAACACUGUCCUGUUGAUGAGGUUACUUGGGAGACCAAGGCAGAUAUGCGAGAAAGAUAUCCCCAGCUUUUUACCAACUCAGAGUUUGCUACAGGUUCCACUUCAGCACCUCGCGAGUUAUCAUCCUGA